GUUUGGUGCGAUCGACUCGGCCCCGGGGUUCCCGUCAGUCGGUUCCUGCGAGGGCUGCCCCUGCCGGACCUGCCAUGGACGAUACCCUGUUCCAGUUGAAGUUCACCGCAAAGCAGCUGGAGAAGCUGGCCAGGAAGGCAGAGAAGGACUCCAAGGCGGAACAGGCCAAAGUGAAGAAGGCCCUUCAGCAGAAGAAUGUGGAGUGCGCCCGCGUGUAUGCCGAGAACGCUAUCCGCAAGAAGAAUGAAGGUGUGAACUGGCUCCGCAUGGCAUCCCGCGUGGACGCGGUGGCCUCCAAGGUGCAGACGGCCGUGACCAUGAAGGGGGUGACCAAGAACAUGGCGCAGGUGACCAAAGCCCUGGACAGGGCGCUGAGCACCAUGGACCUGCAGAAGGUCUCUGCGGUGAUGGACAGGUUCGAGCAGCAGGUGCAGAAUCUGGACGUGCACACGUCGCUGUGGUGCUCUGGAGGGAUCCGGGUCAUUUCAGGACAAGUAGUGAAGCCUGGGGAGAAAGUACUUCCAGGUUGGGAGCUGCAAGGGGCCGUCCACCUGUUUGUGGGUGUCUUAGGGCCCGGGCGCUUGGGCACUGGGGCUCCUGCUCAGGAGUCUGAGGCCGUCCAGACAGAGCGUUCUGAGAGGCUCCGGCCUGGAGUCGGGGGGUGGUUCAGCCCUGCUCCAGACCUGGCUUUCCCCUCUGAGAGCAGCUGA